CAGUGACAUAACUUAAGAAAAGACAUCUCAUAGUUUCUACAUUUUCAGGAUUGAUCUAUACUCUUGAGUCUUGACAAUGACAUCAUCAUAUGUUCCUAUUUACUUGGGAGAUGAAGAUCUGACACAAGAAACAAGAGAUCUACUUUCUUCUCUUCCAAGCGAGAAAGGUUGGUUGGUCAGUCAAAUCUAUCAAUUCGAAGGAAGUUGGCACACACAAGGUCUGGUACAAGGAAUCUUGAACUGCCAGAAAAACUUUAAAGCCAACGAUUCAGACAUAAUCCUCGCCACCACUCCUAAAUCAGGUACGACUUGGUUAAAAGCUCUUCUCUUUGCUCUCAUUCACCGAGACAAGUUUCCUGUUUCUAGUAAGCAUCCUCUUCUAGCUACCAAUCCGCACCCCCUUGUACCCUACUUGGAAGCAGAUUACCGCGUAUCUCCAGACGUCGAUUUCUCCGAGUUGCCUUCUCCAAGACUCAUGCAAACGCACUUACAGCAUCAUUCUCUGCCGGUAUCCAUUAAGAACUCGUCUUGUAAGAUUGUGUAUUGUUGCAGGAACCCUAAGGACAUGUUUGUGUCCUUAUGGCAUUUUGGGAAGAAACUUGCUCCUCAAGAAAUCGCUGAUUAUCCUAUUGAAAAAUCAGUUGAAGCGUUUUGUCAAGGGAAGUUUAUUGGUGGACCCUUUUGGGAUCAUGUGUUGGAGUACUGGUACGAAAGCCGCAAGAAUCCGAACAAGGUCUUGUUUGUUACAUACGAGGAGCUCAAGAAGCAGACCGAAGUUGAGGUUAAGCGAAUCGCUAACUUCAUUGGAUGUGGUUUUACUGCUGAGAAAGAAGUGAGUGAGAUUGUGAAGUUGUGUAGUUUUGAGAGUUUGAGUAAACUGGAAGUUAAUAGACAAGGGAAAUUGCCAAAUGGAAUAGAGUCUAACUCUUACUUUAGAAAGGGAGAGAUUGGAGGUUGGAGAGAUACUUUGAGUGAGUCCUUGGCAGAGGUAAUAGAUAGAACCACUGAAGAGAAGUUUAGAGGUUCUGGUCUGAAAUUUUCUUGUUGAAUCAAAUCUUUAAAACUUGUUGUUAUGUUUCUGUUUUGCUUUAAUGGCGUUUCUGUAACCUUGUCAACUUGUUGUUGUUGUUGUUGUUUUCUUGUAUUUUCUUGUGAAUUGUUGUUGUUGUUUUCGUUUUUUACGAGAGCUGGAGUUGAGUUUUUUUUUUUU